AUGGAGUCAACUGACUCUCGGGCUACGGCACAGUUUAGCGAAUUCCCAGAAGUAGAUCAGCGAGCUUGGAAUCAACCCAGUACCCUUCCAGAAGUGGUUCAGCCCAGCUAUCCAGAAGCCCAUGGAUACAUACGACCUCGAAACGAACCAGGUGAAAAAGCUGCGAAGAUUUUGGCCUACGACCUGGUCGGGAAAGAAGUCAAACAUGACACAGCCAGUCCGCUAACCUCAGAUGGUGCACAUUUGAUAUAUCAGCAAACUGUACAGUCGAUGCCGAAGGAGCCACCGUCAGAGAAAAUAGUGUCUGAAACGUCAAAACACCUCUUUCGCGGGUGUACACCUUGGCGACUCCUAGUCCUUGCGGUCAUUGUGAUAUUGGCUGCCGUCGGGGGUGGUGUCGGUGGUGGCAUAGCGGCAAGUAUACAACAUUCCACAUCGACCGCAAAAUACGUCGCUAAAUUUCCAAGUAGUGCCGCUCCAGCCUUAACUUCAUCAUCGCCAUCAACACUAGCAACCGUGUUAUCAACUACCUCUUCUUCACCAGCCGUUUCUCAGACACCGACGAAUCUAAAGAAUCAAACGAGAGAGUUCUCCUUUCAGGCUUAUGAAAGGCCAAACUAUGAAGGCGGAGCAACAAAUAUCUACAGGACGAUAGGAUCUCAAACCCUCGACUUCAAUUGCACGAGUUACAUCUGGCAACCGAACGAAACAACCUGCUGUGUGACAUUCUGCGCAAACCACAAGUGGGGAGGCUGGUGGUGCCAACCGAGACAACAAUUAGUAGGCAUCCAGCCUCUGACGCUUGCCCAAACACUGACCUCGUCCACAGAAUGCUUCUGGAGCCUUCAAUAA